GUUGAAAGCCGUUCUACGGGGACGGUGCUGGUGGACGCUGUUUAAGGACAGCGAUUUCUGGCGCGGUGACAGGCAUCUGCCGCUGCAAUCUGGUUGGUUGUACGGACUCGCUCGUUCUCUGGCUCGCUGCUUUACGUCGCCAUGGAUCUAGCCGAAAGCCUCGCUCCGUGCACUUACAGUGAAGGUGGCACGUGCUCCAUAUUUCCUCAACUAAACGAGAUCAACGGCCUCCUGCGACAAAUCAAGCUCGAGCUUCGGGAGACAUCCCCAGGAACGCUGUCGCUGACACAGGCGCCCUAUCUGCGCCUGCCUCAAGACAUCGUGCACGAUCAGAAACCCUGGGCAUGGCACCUGCUCGACGCCGUCCUGCAGCAGCAUCUCUGUGUCAUCUCGCUCUACGUCGACGAGCACAAGGACCCCACAGGUAUCCCGUUCGACAUCUUGAUCCGGAAGGUGCCCUCCCUCGUCAUGCUGCGGCUACGAGCCGUCGUUGAGAGGAACGAAGGGUUCUCUGGUGUCGCAGGAGCUUUGAUGUCAGCCCACUACCUUCAGAAUUUGCGCUUGGAGGCCAUUUUUCUGAACGCCGACUGCGUGCGGCUUCUAAGCAACUAUUUCUCCACAACAGCGAGGUUAGGGACUCUCUCGCUGGCUCAUACGCACGUAGAUCCCAGUGUCGCAGAGCAGCUGCUCAUGGCACUGGAGCAAAACUGCACAAUCCGCACACUGCUGCUGAGCGCAUGCCUCUGCUAUCGGGGUGUUUUCUUGGGUCACGGCAGCCAGUUAGCUAACUGCCUGGGCGCUAAUGCCACCUUACGGUCGCUUAUCCUAGACCGCUGCUGCUUCGACUGCACGCCAGGUUUGCGGGUCAUUAUGGACGCGCUCCGGACCACCCGGCGGCUUUCGACACUUUAUCUAAUUGGAUUCACCAAUACCAAGGCUUUCGCGGAGCUUAUGCCGCUAAUUAUUUCCGAAAACGAUGCCCUGCGUAGUUUGAAGGUCGUGCCAUCGGAAGUAGGAGGUGAGUUGUGCGAAUGCUAUUUAAACUACAAGUGUGCAUCCUGUGAGGUGGACUACACGGACAGCGAAGUGGGAAACAUCAAUUCGAUUACAAACGCAAUCGCGCACAACAGGUGGUUGCAACACCUAACUGUAGACUUGUCUAAGUCAUUCUUUGAGGAAUGCUGGAACUUCUUCCAGGCGCUUCGUGAAAAUACCACUCUGAGCAAGGUCAGUGUCGUUGGCAUCCGUAAUGAAUACGCACACAGCAUAUGCCAAAUGAUACGAGAAGGUGGUCUGGAGGGUCGAAUCUCCCUGCUGUGCGCGCUCAACGUCCAAGAGCCAGUCGAGGCGCUAAUCACAUGUCGGAAACUGACAUCCAUCUGCAUAAACGCCAAGCAGCCAGAAUGUAGUCAACUCCUGAGCAGGGCACUGAUGCUGCUGCCAUUUUGGGGCCACGUGAUAGAGCUGACUCUUAGCCUCGGUGCAGAUGGUUUGGUGAAGGGACUCGGGUACUUGGUGCCAUAUUUGGAGCAAGCGACCAAGCUGAGGGAUUUCAAACUGGAGGUCGAAGGACCCGUCCCACUGGUGGACGUUCGACGACGCAUCUUAACUGCAAUUUUCUGCAACGUCAGUAUUCGAAAACUGCAUAUAGACAGGGGACUGAUCACCAACCUGGAAGAGGCACAAGCAUUGGCUAGCGCACUCUGUGCCAAUAAUACACUGUGUGAGUUUGCACUUUCUUGCGACAGCGACUUGUCGCUCAUCGAUGAACUGUUGCGCAGCCUGGCUUUGGGUCUGCAAGCAAACCGCACACUAUGUUGGCUGCACCACACGAAAGUAUACUACACGCCACACUACAACGCUGUGCAGAACGUACUCCGCCGCAACCGCGCCAUGGCAACGUGCGCAGCGCACUUCGUAGUGGGGACUAAACGAACCCAGCGUUGCGCCGAAGCCUUCCACUACGUCUCGGACACCCCGGGCCUUAUUGAUUACGUGAUGCAAACGGCGUCCAUAGACGAAAUGCGGGCAGCCUACGCCAUACGGAAAGCGCUGUCCAGCAAUAUCCAAGAUGGACGCAUUUCACAGUACUGGUCUGCGAACUAGGGUUAGCUGUGAUUGUUGUCCCAUCUGUUACCAAACAUCAUCUCGUUAUUCUUCGUGAAGUCCCACGAAUUGCAAGUGCAAGAAAGCUUACUGCGGACGCAACGUUUGAAACUGGAUAUUUGGCCCACAGUUGUUACUACACUGAGUAAAGGUCCAGCACCAUCCGGGCAGAAAAUCAAUUUAAACCUUGGAAAGUGAUUGUUCUGGAAUUACGAUCUAUUUUAAUCAUUGUAUUAGCUUUUUAAAGACUCUGCAUUUCUUGGAAGCCUUGUGGAAGUCAAGGCCAGGGAAAUAAAAUAAAUUUUCAGCGUUAUUUUAGGUUUUUUAAGACUCUGUACGUGGAGGUAAAGGUUAGUGUACAUUCUGUUUUUUAGAAACCUUGCGCAAGUCAAGGGCUGUGAAAUAAAAUUCGUUUUAGUCAUUAUA